AUGGGCGAGCACAUGUUCAAGAAGUCUGCAUCAGAGGAGAAGGCCAACGCUGUCGACGAGGUUGAGGUCGUGGACAAGAAGGCCGACCUGGGCCUCCAGUUCAUCAACCAGCAUGGUGGUGGAAUCGAAAUCACCGAAGAAGAGGACCGUCACGUUCGACGAAAGCUCGACCUCUUCCUGAUGCCCAUUCUCAUGCCGACCUUCGGCCUCCAAUACCUUGACAAAGUGACCAUCUCCUACGCAGCCCUCUAUGACUUCCGCUCCGACCUCAAUCUUGAGGGCCAGCAGUACAGCUGGGCCGUCUCUCUCUUCUACGUCGGCUACCUAGUGGGCGAGUUCCCCGCCAACUACCUCUUGCAAAAGCUCCCCAUCGGCAAGUUUGCCGCCGUGAACCUCUUCAUCUGGGGUGGCAUCGUCAUGCUCUGUGCCGUCGCCAAGAAUUUUGCCGGCAUCGCUGCCUUGCGUUUCCUUAUGGGCUUCUUCGAGGCAGGCAUCCCCCCUUGUUGGAUCUACAUUACCGGCAUGUUCUACAAGGCCUCCGAGCAGGGCGCCAGAACCCCGGAUGUCGGCCACAUCGAGACGGCCGUCAAGAAGUGGCAGUUCGUCUUCCUCAUCUGCGGCGGCUUCACCGUCCUGUGGUCCGUCGUGGUGUUCCUUUGGCUUCCCGACACCCCCCUCAACGCGAAGUUCCUUAGCGACAGGGAACGCGCGGUGGCUAUCGAGCGCGUGCGCCAGAACCGCACGGGUAUCAAGUCCACCGAGUUCAAGUGGUCGCAGGUCGCCGAGGCUUUCCGCGACCCUCAAGUCUAG